GCCGCUUCAAUACUGUGCAAUGGCGGGUAUUUGUACAAUAUCGGUACUAUAAAUUUAUUUUAAACACUGCUAAACCGACUCUCACUUAAUUCAGUUAGAUUUGAAUCUGUAAAUAUUCUCGGACAUUCCCUGGUUUAUUGGUGGAGAGCAGAAUGGAGCCGAAACAGGCAAUAACGGGUGGAAAGGAAAUACUUGAUGUCAUGCUGUCUGACCGCGAGCCAUUGUAAAUUGAAACUUUGUGUCAAGUAGAGGCGGAAAAAACGUGGUCAAAUGUAAUUGUUGUUGUCGUCGUCGUAUCUGUUGAGUAUUUUUGUUGUUGCGUUUGUCCGACAUUUUUUUUGAGAAACAGACUUCAUGCCUCAUCGGAUAAUCAACCUGUAAUUCAUACAAACCGCCUUCCCUCUCUCACUCAUAAACUUUACCGUGAUAAGAGAUGGCGAACAAAUGUGUUCAAAUAAUGGUAGCACUUGUGUUGACGGCUAGCCUUCUAUCACAAAGAAUAAGUGCCUCAUCAAAGCUCAAUAUCCCCAAAGUUUUAUUACCACUCGCAAGAAGUACCAGGAUCAACUUUACACUGGAAGCAACUGACGGCUGUUAUAGAUGGUCGUCCAACAGGCCGGAAGUUGCAAGCAUAGAAGGAGUGGAUGCUGGUUACCAACAGUGUUCCCAGAAGGCCGUUCUUCAAGCACGCUCCACCCAGGCGGCCCGGCUGACCAGUAUUAUAUUAGCCGAGGACAUCUUUACUGGCCAGGUGCUGCGCUGUGAUGCGAUAGUGGACGUCAUCCAUGAGAUCCAGAUUGUCUCCACCACCAGGGAGCUGCAUCUGGAAGACUCACCCCUGGGUCUGAACAUCCACGCCAUCGACUCCGAGGGAAACACUUUCAGCACUCUGGCAGGCCUGACAUUUGACUGGACCAUCGUGAAGGAUGCAGAGACCGCAGCCUUCUCAGAUGACUCCUUACGAGUUCUCCAAUUCUCCGAGUCCACGUACACCCCUCCAGGCUACAUCUCUGAGAUGGAGCGAGUGGGGAGACAAGGAGACAUCAUCUUAGUGUCCGGUAUUAAAACUGGACAUGCAAAGCUGAAAGCUACAUUACAAGAACCUCUUUACAAGGAUGUGGACCCCGCGGAGGUGCGACUCCUGAUCCUCGACAACAUCCUCCUGAGCCCCGCGUCUGAUAUCUACCUCCUUGCCGGCACCUCCAUCAGAUACAAAGUGCAGAAGAUCAGGCAGGGCAAGAUUGCAGAGUUGUCCAUGCCAUGUGACCAGUAUGAGUUGGAUCUUCAGAACAGUGUUCUGGGGCCCGAUGGCAACGCUGACCUCCCUGUGGCGGUCAUGGACCAGGGCACCUCCACGGUGCAUGCCGUCCAGCUGGGACACACCAACGUUGUGCUCGACCACAAGAGCCUUGGGAUGCAGGGGGCCUCUCGCCUGCCCAACAGCACCCUGUACGUGGUGGAGCCGGGAUACUUAGGCUUCAAGAUCAGCCCUGGUAAUGUUUGGGUGCUGGAGACGGGUCGAGUCUAUGACAUAACCAUUGAAGUUUUUGACAAGUCCAGCAACAAAGUUUUUCUCUCUGAUAAUUUGCGGAUUGAGGCUGCGUUCCCUGAGGCACAUUUUGAGGUUCUUCAUUCUUCUCUGAAUGGGUCGUACCAUCAAGUGAAGGCAGCAAAACAUGGCCAAGCAGUCAUCGAUGGGGCUCUGAAAACUGUGGUCGAUCAUGAGGGCACGGUCCAUGUGCUCCCUGUCCCGGUGCGCAGUGAGCAGGAUGCAGAAAUCUACGACCCCAUCGUCCUCACUCCCAGCAUCCUCACGUUUCCAUGGCAACCCACAGAGGGCGCGUACCAGCAUACUAUUAAGGCCACGGGAGGCAGUGGUAAUUUCACAUGGAUGUCCUCGAACUCUGCUGUUGCCUCGGUGACAGUGAUGGGAGUGAUGACCACCAUAAGGGACAUUGGCGUGAGCGUGAUCACCGCACAUGAUGUGCGAAACCCUCUGCACUAUGGAGACAUGAUGGUGUAUGUGGUGGAGCCGGUGGCUAUGGAGUUCGUCCCGUGUGCGGUGGAGGCGCGGGUGGGCACGGCACUGGAGCUGCCGCUGCAGAUCUUUGGUCUGCUGGAGGCGGAGGGAGAGGAGCGCGUGCCACUCAGCGACUGCUCUCAGCUCCUGCUGGAGGUGCAGGCGGAGAGCCAGGGGGUCUUCCAGCUGCUGGACGGGAGAAUGGCCCCAGGUAAAGAGCACUGCAGUGGGGUCCGUGCCCAGGCGUUGGCCCCUGGUUACACAAGCGUGGUGGUCAGCUACACUCAAGGCAACGUCCACCUGAGCGCCAAGAUCACCAUCGCAGCUUACCCUCCUCUCAAGGCGGUGGAUCCACCUUCAGUGGCCCUGGUGACCCUGGGCUCCUCCAAGGACAUGCUGUUCGAGGGCGGCCCCAGCCCCUGGGUGCUGGAGCCUUCCAGCUUCUUCCGGAACCUGAAGGCAGAGGACCCCUCUGCUGCUAGCCUGAGCCUGUAUGGUCCGGCCUCCAGGAGCUACAGCCAGCACUGGGUCCGCGCCACCUGUCGCGCCCUUGGAGAACAGGUGCUGGAGGUGACGGUGGGGAACCAGGCGAGUCUCACCAACCCCUUCCCUGCAGUGGAGCCGACUGUGGUGAAGUUCAUCUGUGCCCCUCCCUCUCGCCUCACCCUCGCCCCCGUCUACACCAACGCCCCCCUGGACCGCUCCUGCCCUCUGCUGCAGCAGAACAAGCAAGUGGUACCUGUUUCCAAUUACCGCAAUCCCACUCUGGACCUGGUAGCCUUUGAUCAGCAGGGCCGUAAGUUUGACAACUUCAGCUCUCUGGAGCUGGUCUGGGAGUCCUCCAAGGUCUCGCUGGCCAGCGUGGAAGCCUCCGUGCCCAUGGAGCUCCAGCUGUUGGAGGAAGCCGGCCAACAGAAGAAGAUGCAUGGUCGGCAGUCAGUCCUCGUGCACCACGUGUCAGGUCUCGCAUCUAUCUCUGUGACGGCCGUGGACUACCAGCCAUCCCAUCUCACCGCGGCUGACGUCCUUCCUGGGUUCGCCCCCCUGAUCCCUGUCUCGGCCACUCUGGAUCUGCUGCUGGUGGAGGACGUGAGGGUCAGCCCUGACGCCGUCACCAUCUAUAACCACCCUGACGUGCGGGCGGAUCUGACGCUCCAAGAGGGGUCGGGAUACUUCUUUGUUAACGGCAGUGCAGCGGAUCUGGCCGAUGUGCAGUACCAAGAUGCCCCAGGAACAGCUGAGGUGGUGCCAAAGCUGCCAGGCGUUCUGCAGGUCAUGGUUCACGAUCUCUGCCUGGCCUUCCCAGCCCCAGCCACCGCCACCGUGCACAUCUCUGACAUCCUGGAGGUUUAUGUUCGAGUGGUUGACAAGGUGGAGAUUGGGAAGUCUGUGAGGGCGUACGUCCGAGUGCUGGAUGACAAUAAAAAACCUUUUCUGGCCAAGUUCUUCCAGUUCAUGAACUUGAAGCUGAAGGCAGCGUCCUCCAUCAUCACCUUGCAGGCCGAGUCCUCUGAAAAGGACACUGCUAUCUUCCUGGUCAAAGGGCUGGCUAUCGGGCAGACGAGCGUGUCUGCCGUCGUGCUGGAUAGAGGAGGGAAGAGAGUGGCCUCGGGGCCUCAGCCCAUAGAGGUCUUUCCGCCAUUCCGUCUCAUUCCCCGGAAAAUGACUCUGAUCAUCGGCGCGAUGAUGCAGAUAACAUCAGAAGGCGGCCCCCAGCCCCAGUCCAACAUCAUCUUCUCGCUGCCCAAUGAGGACACGGCCUCCGUCAACAGCCUGGGUCACGUCAAGGGCGUCGCCGUGGGCAACGUGACGGUGACGGGCCUGGUCCAAGCAGUGGACGCCGAGACCGGCAAGCUUCUUGUUGUCUCGCAGGACCAGGUGGAGGUGGAGGUGGUGCAGCUGGCAGGCAUCCGCAUCCGAGCCCCCAUCACCAGGAUGAAGACGGGAAGCCUGAUGCCGGUGCAUGUGAUGGGCCUUACAAGCAGCCAGACCCCCUUCUCCUUCGGGAACGCCGUGCCCAGCCUGACCUUCCACUGGUCCGUGUCCAAGAGGGACAUCCUGGAAGUGCAGACGCGACACUCCGAGGCAUCUGUACAGCUGGCUGCCGAGCACAACUUUGCCAUGAGCAUCCUGGGUCGCACCAAGGGCCGCACAGGGCUCAAGGUGGUCGUCCGAGCCACCAACCCUGCUGCGGGCCAGUUUGUGGGCAACGCCAAAGAGCUCUCCGACGAGCUGCAGAUCCAGGUGUAUGAUGCUCUGCAGAUGGUGCACCCAGCCGUGCAGGUGGAGGAGAUCCUGAUGUCUCCCAACUCAAACAUCAAGCUGCAGACCAACAGGGAUGGAGUGGGAAGUAUGUCGUACCAGGUGCUGGACUGUCCAGACAAGGCGUCUCUGGUGCAGGUGGAUGCCAAGGGCCAGCUGUCCUCCGGCUCCCUCACCGGCAGCAGCUCCCUCCAGGUCAACUCCCACGAGAGCUUCGGGGUCAAUCAGACUCUCAUCCUCACAGUCAAGGUGGUGCCAGUGUCUUACUUGCGCCUGAGCACGAGUCCAGUUCUCCACACCUCCACUAAGGAGGGCCUGUCCUCCAUCCCCCUGGGGACCGUGCUCUCCUUCCAGGUGCAUUUCCAUGACAACGCCGGUGACCAGCUCCACAGCCACAACUCGCAACUUACCUUUGCCACCAACAGGGAUGACCUGGUGCAGGUGGUGAAGGGUCAGGGGAACGGCACGCUGACGGUGCGCACGCUGAACGUGGGCCUGACGCUGCUGGGGGUUCGGGAUGCGGAGCAGCCCGGCCUGGCCGACUACCUGGCCCUGCCUGUGGAGCACGCCAUCCUGCCCGACCAGGCCCACAGCCUGCUGGUGGGGGACGUGGUCUGCCUCUCCACACAACUCAUUGGUGCUGAUGGUAUGGUGGGCACAUGGCGCUCCUCAGCCAGUGGGGUGCUGGAGGUGGACCCCAAGAGCGGAGUGGCCGUGGCCAGAGACGUUGGCGCUGUGACCGUCUACUAUGAGAUCCCUGGCCAGCUCAGCACAUACAGAGAGGUGGUUGUUGAUGGUGCAGCCAAGACAUCGGUCAUGGUUCCCUCUGCACCUGGGAAAAAUGACCAGAAGGCCACAGUCCUUCUCACCACCAGAGAACAAGGCACCAAUCUCAUAGGCUCCUGCUCCGCUGCUCAGGUGGAGAGCAUCCCCACGCUGCGUCCCGAGUCCUCCAUCCGCUGCCUGCUCUCCUUCACCAGUGAAGCCAUCAGCUUCUCCCCCCACGACGUCUUCAGCACACAGACCAAAUUCGAUACCAGCACAGGCUUCUACAGCUGUGUGCUGGCCCUGCAGCCGGUGACGGAGCAGCACGUGAAGACUCUGAGCAUGUCCAGCACCAACCUGCUGGUCAAGGCUGGUGUGGAGGGCAGCCACUUCUCAGGGGAGCAGGUCGGAGCACUACUCCCCGUCAACCCCGGUCUCUAUGCCGACCAGAACGAGGUCAUCCUUAGCAACCAGCACACGUCGGCCGACGUCACCGUGUUUGGCUCUCCAGACGCCCUCGACAGCUUGGAGGUGAGCUCCAGCUCCUCUGCAGUGGGCGUCAGUGAGAAGGAGGUGUCCCUGUCCUACCCCAGCUUCAUCAAGUACACCGUCACGGCUCUCGACACUCUGGCGGCCUCCUCGGCCAGCCUGUCCAUCAAGAGCCCCUCGUCCGCACAGGUCGUCACCAUUCCGGUCACCAUCAUGCACGUGGCAGAGGCCAUGAUUCAGCAGAGAGUGAGCGUGCCGCUGGGCUCGGAGGGAGCUGGAGUCCUGCAGCACUUCCUGGACUCCUACCAGGUCAUGUUCUUCACACUCUUCAUGCUGCUCGCAGUCACUGCCCUCGUGGUCAUCGUGUGCCACGCGCUCUUCUCUCCAAAGGACCCGAGUCCUCACCCUGCGUUCAUCCAAACCACUCCUCCCCUACCAGUCCCAGCCUCUCCUCCCUCGAGUCCCUUCAAGAACCACAGCCCGUCGUCAGCCAAUAGCAGCCCUCGGUACCGGCUCUACUCGCCCGACUACAACUCCCGCUAGCGCUUGCUGGCCCAGUCGGACAGGCCGGACCCCAAGAGGCCAGAAGUGUCAGCGUGUGGAGCGAAAAGUGCCUUAUUCACUCCAGCGACUAUGACAGAGCUGCUUGCUUUUUUUUCUUCGUUUCCUGAGUGUGUCCUGUAAUACGAGUAUGUGUAUGUGUAAUCCGAACAGAGGAGUGUGCGUGAGUGCGUGUGUGUGCGUGCGUGUGUGUGUGUGCACAAGAGUGAGAGAGAUGUUUUUGUUGCGUGCGUCUGUGUGUGCGUCUGUGUGUGUACGUGUGUGUGCGCGCGUGUGUUUGUGUGUGUAUGUGUGUGUGUGUGUGAGUGAGUGCGAGUGUGCAAAAGUGAGAGAGAUGUUAUUGUUGCGCGUGUUUGUUUUUACGAGAGAAUGUGACUAAAGGAUGAUGGUUAGAAGAAGAUACACGCAUGCAUGGUGUGCUGUUUGCACUUGUACGUACGGUAAUUAUGAUUUUGUGUGCAGCUGUGUACAGCUAAUAAGUACAAAUAUGAAACAAGGCCUCUGGUUAUAAAGAAGCCUUUGUUUCAGUUGAAGUGUUUUUAAUUUUUUGGAAUGGCUUAUAUUGUUUUUUUUGUUUUGGUUUUUCUUUCUUCUACGCUGAACUAGCUUUUAUUUAUAUGACCAGUUUGUUUUCUGCUUUGCACUGUCUGCAGCUCUGGGUAUUUUUCCAUUGUUUUUUGUACCUUGGCUUUCAGGUUGAUGAAUGAUGAUGUGACAUUGUUUUGAAGUUUGUUGUGAAACUCAGGAAACUCAGGCGGGGCACAGUUUGUUUGUAUUAUGCAAACCGAAAAUUGCUGUUUUGUUUUUUAAAUCCAACGCAGUGUAGCAUUGCCAAAAGUGUAACCACUGGUUCCGUCCCGUGAUCAAUACUAGACCGACAGUGAAAUUGAAGAGGCCAGUUGAUUUUGUUUUCUAUCAAUCUUGAAUUCUCUUACAGUACGUUUGGUAUUUAUUGCCUACAAAGUCUUGUGCGACACCUCUUGGAAGCUAUCAAGACUUCUCCUCACACCUCAGUUAUAAUGUGAAACAUGAAAUGUGAGAUGGCUUUCUUGUUCGGUGCAGUUGGUACUUCUCUAACGGCCGAUCAUCAUCACUUAACAAUACCUGUGAAAAGGAGGACAUGCACAUAUGCAUGUCUGGCACUUACGGAUUCAAAUCAAGUUGUUUUGGGGUUUCCUAUGUGGCCGUCUAUGACUGCAGUGUCAUUAACUAUGGCAAUUAAUCAUGACUUCUGCAAUGUACUUGUGAAAAUGCUGAAGCUCUGACUUUUGUGUAUAUUUUGAAUAUCUUGAGUUCAACUGGACCGCACUGAUCUUUCUGGUGACAUUCAGUUUCUGUGCUAAAUUUGAUGAUUUUAGAGGGAAAGGUACCAACAGUUUAACCUCCCCUUAAGUCUCAGUUGUCAUAUUCAUUGCAUUCAUGUGGUAUUCAUACAGUUGUUUGCAUUCAACCAUGGUUUGUGUUAAAAAAAAGUUUUAAAAUGUAAAGAUAUUUUGUAUCUAAUACUAGAUGCUGCCUUGCUCUGAGUUUUGUUUAAUAAAUCGUGAUCUGAA